GAGACAAACACCGUAGGUCGCCGGCCCCCAACUCGCAUCCCGCAAGCAUGUGUGGAGAAGGUUGUUGUUCCUCCAGCCAAGGCAUCGGAUCCGACUCCUGGUCGCCUGCGUUUCCAGCGCCGCGGCGAUGGUCUCGUUUCUGAGAUCCUUCGCCGCGUCGUGAGAUUGCGACUUCCCACGUGACGAGGUCUUUUUCGUUAUCACCGCAUUCCUCCACGCUCUUGUAUUACCCAACGAGGCCGUAGCUGUGGCGCAAGGCAACCACAGCAUGGCUCACGAAGCUGCCACGGCCCUGUCCAGCAGGGUGCUCGUGACUCCCAACAGCGCCACGCCCGUCGCCAACACGCCUCCAUCACCACCACCACUCCUUCAAGCCCACACCCGUAGCAAAACACCGACGCGCCCGCCACCAAUCCCCCACGCCCACAAGCCGAGCCACCCGAUCCCCACGCUCUUGACCAGCCUCCGUCAUCGCCGCCCACAACCCACGCCGGCCGCCGGAUAUUACUCUAUCAGCAGCCGCUCUCUCAUCUGCCGGCAUCCGAGACCCGCUCCGACAGCCAUCCUUCCGCCGGCGUCGACUCUGUGCGCUAUCUGCGCUAGUGCCUGGCUACAUAGUUUACCAGUCGCGCAUCGUCGCACGCUACUGUCGGUUGUGCCGGGAGCUUCGUAAUGCUUGUGUUGUGGACGGGGAGCCACGAGCGGAAGCU